AGGGACUAGGGUUUUGCCCACUCUCCUUCGGGCCACCUCCUUCUCCCCUCUCCGUUAUGCGAUUCUACGGGGCCGGGCGGGGCGGGGGACGGAGCUGGAAGAUGGGGCUCCGGCGGCUUUCCUCCGCCGUGCGCCGCCACCUGGAGGACGAGGGCGACUGGGCCUUCUCCUCUGAGUGGUGGGGCUCCGCCUCCGACGACGGCCACACCGUCUUCCGCUCCUUCUCCGCACACGGCAACGGCGUCGUCUCCGUUGUCGCCUACCCCGCUUCCACGCCGGCACCAGAGCAAUGGCUAGCUGUGGAGAAAUGGCUUCAAGAGAGGUAUGCAAAGAUUCACCCAGAAUUCGAUCAUCAUGGAGAGUUUAAGAUACUUGGUUAUCAAUGGCGUGUGCUACGGUUUAAUGACAAUACUCGUCAAAGCACAGCUAAAGUAAUGGCCUCUUACAGAAAAUCAGAUCCCACAUCUUUAUACUUGAUGCAGCAGCCGCAUUGUUUGGCUGUUCCAUAUCUGAAAAGCAUGGUUUCGGUGGGAUUGACGACAUUGGCUUCCUCCUCUUAUGAUCUUUCCGAAGCAGUUCUAGGAAAAAGGAGUCUGAAAGUGCUAUGUAUCGGUCAUGGUGGUGGCAGCCUACCAUUAUUUUUGGCCAGUAAAAUAAGCGGAGCCACCGUCCAUGUUGUGGAUAUCGAUCCUGUCGUCAUCUCAGCCUCUAUCCAAGCGAUGGGCUUUCCUUCCUCUACAGUAAAAGGGAAAUCUGGUUGCUCUUUCACACGACCUCCUGAUAUUGACAAACUUUUAUGGGAAGGCAUCCAUGACCGUCUCUUCCUCUAUAGAUGUGAUGCUGAAGAUUUCAUAAUUGAAAACCGUAAUGUUUACGACCUGGUCUUCAUCGACGCAUAUGAUGGGGACGACAUUUUUCCUUACAAGCUUUGGGAUUCUGAUAGUCUUUUCCUCAAACACUUAAAACAUAGAAUUCAUCCAUUGCAUGGUACAGUUGUGGUAAAUCUCCACUCUGACUCGGACUUGUUAACCAUCGAUACAAGAAAUAAUUCUCCUUUCGAAAGCAUUUUACCUAUGGGGAAGUAUGUAUCAAGAAUCUGCAGGGCUUAUAAGCAUCAAUUUGGGUUGGCAUUCGCUGUUUCGGUUCCUUGGCUUUGCAAUGUAACUCUAGUUGCAUGCCGUAGUGAACUGUUUGGUAGUGGAUUACAAGGGCCUCUUGCUAAUAGAAAUUUGGUUUUGAGUACAUUGAUAUCAAAAUCAUAUUUGGUUGAAUCUGCGAUCUGUUUGCCAUUUCCUUGUUUGGAGUACAUUAAGAGAGGCUUUUUAUUGAUUGAGUGAACAGUUGAGAUGUAUGUAACUCUAUAGGGUUCUAGUUUUAUAGAGAUCCUUUUCAAGACAGUUUCUUUUCUCAAAUUUUGAUUAAUAUUUUCUUGGCAGAUUUUGACUUUUCAAUGCCUAAUGUUGUAGGCUAUUCAUGUGGAA